UUUGGGGUCUUUAAUAAUGACCAACCCGGUUACUGUGAGCGUGAAGCAGCGUGUUUUUCCGUUCCGCUGCUGCUGCUGUUCGCUGCGUCAGGAGAGACUGCGGCGCAGCUUCUGGCUGCAGGAUGGCGGGACAGCAGCGCCAAGGACGCGGCAUGGAUUGGAGAAAAGUUUAGGAACGCCGCACAUAAAAGGGCAUCAUGCAUGGCACGAAAAAGGGGGGAGCAGGGGGAAGCCGAUGUAUUCCGCAGCCGGAAUUCAUCGGCUCCCUUCUGCGCCCUCCGACGCACCAGCCGCUUCCUCUUGGCCGCUAGUAUUAGCGCACACUGACCGGCCUAUGCGUCAACCGGUCCGCCUCCUCCGUCGCUCCACCUGCAUGAUCCGCGAGCCAGAAAGCAGCGGAGCAGCAGGGGGGACGCGGGCUGCAGCUGGUCCUGUUGCAGAGGACACAACCAGGGGGUUCCUACCGACUGAGCUGGCAGGAUGAACUUCAAAAACAUGCGGGAGUACCUGGCCUGGCUGUACUACCAGUACCUGCUCAUCACCGGCAUCUACGUUCUGGAGCCGUGGGAGAAGUCCAUCUUUAACUCUGUCCUCUUCUCCGCCAUUGCCAUGGUGGUCUACACCUCGUACGUGUUCGUGCCCAUCCACGUGCGUCUGGCUCUGGAGUUUUUCUCGGAGGUCAUUGACGGCCAACCGGAGAGCGCCAUGGCGCUCAUGAACUAAAAUGGAGGGGAAAGAAGAAGAGGCGGCUUGUAAAGGUGACUUUAAACCUCUCCCUUCUUCACCUGAACCACAAACCAAGACACUUCAUCGAUACUGAAAACAUGAAGAUCUUGCCGGAAUGAUCUGGAAGCCUUACUCACUUCUUUUGGAUCCCACGCCCUCUGGCCUUACCCGAUGGUAUUACACAGCAGUGCUUUAAUUUCCUGCAAUAUUGAAAUGUUUGGUUUUCCUUUUCCUCGCCAUAUGUCCUGUUUAAGUGCAUCCCACCGGCGGGUUUUGCAUGACGGGGCCAUACAUGACAGGUGCAUUUGCAUGCUUGACAAACAACAAAGCACAAAUGGUCUCCUUUUGUUCUUCUGGAUGCAAAAGUCAUGAAGGUAUUCCAGUAGUUCUGGUUUUAGCUUCAUAAGACCUGGACAUCAUGGAAGAAAUGAUUCCUCCCUCUCCCCCAGAACUAAAGCAGUAAAGGUUAUGAAACUUUUUUGUCAACUUUUCUUUAAUUUGUUUCUAAAUCUGGUCGUGUUUGAAAUGAAAAAUGCCACGCUUCACAUGUAACGGCACCCCGCAUAAACUCAUAUGAAAAGCCUUAGAAUAUUUUAAUAUUUUACUGCAGUAACACGACGUUUCACAAAACAUGGAGAAAACCAGCUUUUAAUUUGAGAACAUUUAAGCGGAGGGGGGAAAAAAUACAACACAGAAAAACGAUUUACCCAGGUUUGAUGUUCGCCUUCAUUUGAUUACUAAAAUGUAAGUGUAUUUAAGCAGUUUUUUAACAUUUAUACUUUACUUUUUUAAGUUGAUCAGAAUAGCUAAUAUAUAUUUUUUUUUUGGUAAGACAAACAGGUCUGUUUCUUAUCCACUAUUCAAAAUGGGAAAGAUUAGAAAGCUUAUACUAAAAAAAACAAAAAAAACUCUCCAGGAAUCAAUUUCUUUCCCUCUUUUGCUGCAUUUUCUAGCACCAAGGUAACAUUUGGGUCUUCAUCAGAUAUUUAUGUUAAUAUGACCUAACAGAGCCUUAUUUUUUUUAUCCAUCCCUCAGACAAGAUGCCUUGCAUAAAUAAGUAAGGCAAAAGUGCGUUGAGCUUCAUAUAUUAGCUACAGUAAAACAGCUGCUUGCCUGUGCUUCCACAUUUCCCCAAUGUUUCAAACGGCUGGAACCGUGAUGAAUGAAGCCGGGAGAUGAAAACAAAAGUUCAGUUUUACAGAUUAGCAUCAUUU